UAUUAUCUAGAUAAAAAUAAAUCAUUGAGAAAUACUAAAAGUCUCCAGUCAUGCGAAAUAGAGAGUCUCUUAAAAAUAAAGAAAACAGUGAAGAUAAUGAAUACCGUGAAAAAAUACAUGAAGAAAAUGUAUCAAAUCAACAAGGAAAUUUAAGUGGUGAUUAUAAGAAUGUUUUUAUUCUAUUUUUACUUUAUUUGCUUCAAGGUAUACCUCUUGGAAUGGGAGGUAGCAUACCGAUGAUACUACAAAAUAAAAAUAUUAGCUAUAAAGAUCAAGCAAUGUUCAGUUUAGUUUUUUGGCCCUUCAGUUUGAAGUUAUUGUGGGCUCCUAUUGUUGAUGCAUUGUUUUUUCAAAAAAUGGGUCGCAGAAAAUCUUGGUUAAUACCAGUGCAGUAUCUGAUUGGAAUUUUUAUGUUAAUUCUUUCACUGAAUAUUGAUACCAUUUUGGAAAGCGAGCUCCCAAAUGUAAUAUUUCUAACAGUGAUAUUUUUUUUAUUAAAUUUCCUUGCCGCAACACAAGAUAUUGUUGUUGAUGGUUGGGCACUUACAAUGCUUCAAAAGCGAAAUGUUGGGUAUGGGUCUACAUGUAACAGUGUUGGGCAAACAGCUGGAUAUUUUUUAGGGAAUGUCAUUUUGCUUGCCUUUAGUUCUCCUGAUUUUUGUAAUAAAUAUUUGCGUACAAUACCUCAGAAUCAAGGAAUCAUAACCAUUGGUGGGUUUUUAUUUGUAUGGGGAAUUUUAUUUUUUAUUAUCACAAGUUUGGUAUGGAUAUUUAAAAGUGAAAAAGAAGAGAAUGAUAAAGAACAGGACAGUAUCAUGGGAACAUAUUUAAAAUUGUUCAAAAUAGUUAAACUUCCAGCUGUUCAACAAAUUGUUAUAGUACUAUUAACCGUCAAAGUUGGUUUUGCAGCAACAGAUGCUGUUACAGGUUUAAAAUUAAUUGAAGCCGGUGUGAGUAAAGAAACUCUUUCAUUUUUAGCUGUUCCAUUAGUUCCUUUGCAAAUAAUUCUACCUCUGGCCAUCAGUCAUUUUACUGCAGGACCUCGCCCUCUUGAUCUUUUUAUAAAAGCCAUUCCCUUUCGUUUGGUAAUGGGACUAGUUUUUGCUGCGUUAGUAUAUUGGACAAGUACUUUCUCAAAUACCAACACGGAAGGUUUUCCUUACUACUACUAUGGCAUUAUUUUAUUUGCAUAUGCCAUGCAUCAGCUAUUUCUGUAUACAAUGGCAGUCACCAUGAUGACAUACACAGUUAAAUUAAGUUAUUCUGAACAUUGCAUUGGUGGGACAUAUAUAACGUUUAUGAACACCAUGGCUAACCUUGGAACAACAUUGACCAAAUCACUUGCCCUCUAUUUUGUCGAGGAACUUUCUUUAAAAAUUUGUGAUGGUGGUAUUCAAACAUUUAUACCAUUAUGCUUGACAAAUAACAUGAAAAAGAAAUGUACAAAUGCUGGUGGAAAAUGUGUGACACAAGUAGAUGGUUAUUAUGUGGAAACGGCAAUUUGCACAGCUUUAGGUUUUUUGUGGUUGAUAUGGAGAAGACAAUCAUUGAAACAAUUGCAGAGUAUGAAAGAAUCCGCAUGGAAAAUAAAAUAAACUGUAAUAUUAUUUGCGUAGCAAAACAAGAGAAUUCAGAUGAAAAUUUAUAUAAAAAAAAAAAUAUUGUUUACUAUUUAAUAUUUUCCACCCAAAAAUUGUUAUUUAAAAAUGUAAAAUUAUCUAAUGGAUAUAAAGUUAUUUAAAUAAAUCACAAACUUUUAAA